AUACACCCUAACGGAAACCAGGACAAAUGCUUGGACGUUCGCGGAGCAAAUUUCGCAAACGGUACCUUUGUGCAAAUAUACGACUGCAACGGCACUCCGGCACAACAAUGGACCAUCGUACGGGGAACGAGCACUAGCCUUCAGGCUGCUGGUACCGCAUAUUGUCUGGAUGCAGGUUCAGGUCCACAGAACGGAGCACAAAUGAAAAUUUGGCAGUGUUCCAAUGGUCGAGCUGCUCAAUCUUGGAAUUACACAAAUGGUGAUCAUAUUGAGUUGAGCACAAGCGAACCAGCUGAAUGUUUGGAUCUGACAGACGGGAACCUGGAGAACUGGAGUGUGGUUCAGGUAUAUCAAUGCUUUGAUCAGAAUACAAAUCAAGUUUGGACAACAGUUCCUGAAGUGCCUCUAAGUUAA